UUUCACAAUUUUGCAUUAUUCACUUCGCAUAUUCAAUACAUGUCCGUUCCACCGUUACCGUUUUUGGCCAAAGCAAAUGUUUCGUGGACCGGAGAGCAGGAUGGUGAUCUUGGGUUUAUGGAAAAUGAACUGAUCAAAGUUUUCCACAUUGUUGAUGAACUGUGGUGGCAGGGAAGCUUGCUAAGAAAUGGCGCCGAAGGUAUCUUUCCUCGAGACUUUGUAGAAGUUAUAUCAACGCCUCCCACAGCUCAAAAUACCCCAACAAAGCCUAUCACUCAAUCACCAAUGCAAAGCAAGUAUGGACCUUCUCCAGUUGGCAAUCACAUGUUAACAUCACCAGAUAAGUAUGUCGGCACUCCUUCAGGAAAUUUUGUCACCUCACCUAACGCGAAGUGUAUGACAUCUCCACCCAAAACUAACGGAUUGGAGUCGAGUUCUGUAACCCCCAGCAAACCUAAUCCUCGAGAACUCAGCCAGAUGAUCUCAGCGGAUAAUUCUCCUGAUAAAACCAACUCUUACGGGAUACAAAAAAAAAAUCAUUUACAGGAAGCGCAGCUCAUUGACGCAGAUCCAACCCAUCAUGACGAAUUUUAUCAGACAUUGGCUCAAAAGAAGCAGGAGUUGGAGAUGCAGUUGCACCACUUAAGAGAGUUGGAGAAAUCUCAUCUCCAAAAGAAGCAACAUCUUCUGGGAAACGAUAGCUAUAUUAGUGAGGACCUUUUGCUGUCAAAGCGCAACUACAUGUCAAAAGAAGAUUUGGGCAAGAAAUUAGAAAACUACAAGGAACUUGAAUCAGAAGAUGCCCCUCCACCUCCUCCAAAACAUGCAAGAGUUCCAUUUGAUGCAGAUGACUUUAGAGCCUCUGGCGCCACGGUUGACGAAAAGUUCCGCAGCCAAUCCAACUAUCCUGAGGAAUUAAAAAACUCCAUGAAGUCGUUGCAAAGCGAUGUGCUAAACUUGUCCGAACUAAGCGCCACAAGCGCCGGGUCAUUCUCUCGCCACAAGUUUGAAAAAGAGAUUUUGAGCCAACAGAUAGCGGCUGACAAUGGUGAAGAUGAAUUCUCGAAAUUAUCUCUUGGUGACAAUGAACACAUAAUAAACUCUGUUUUCAAAUCAAAAAAACCGAAACAUCCAAACAUAUUCAAAAUGUUGAUGAAGAAAAAGCCCGAGCAAAAUUUGAUGGAACAGAGACUUUUUCAUGAACCUGAUGACUGGCAAACGGUGAAGCACGAUCUCAACAGAAUGAACACCCUUACUCUGCUGGAUAAGCAAGUCCGCACAAAACAAGUGGUAAGGACCGAAGCGAACUUCAUCAUCAAACCACUUGAAUUUAUUACUGAUGUAAACGUUAGUGAAACUUUCGGGCCUGACAAUCUCGAAGUCACAAAAAUUGAUGUGAAUGUCCACAAGGUGGCAGAAUUUCUGGAGAGGUAUGAUCAUGCGUACGACUUCAAUGAUUUGAUCACGGACAUAAGCGUCAAAUUUGGCUCACAUAGGCCAAGCCAAGUUAGAGCUGUCCUAAUGCAUUUAUGCAAGUUCCAGAUUAUCGAAGAACCAGGAAAAAUUCUGCGAAUGAAACCAAAAGUACACGAAGUUAUGACAAAGGGCGAGGCCACGAUUUUUCAGCUUAACUACUUAUUCAAAAAGCUUCUUGAAGCACUUCGUAUCCCUUCCGAGGUGGUUUUUGGCUUUUGGAAAAAGCCAAAUGAAUUUUAUCAUUCAGAACAAUUUCUGGUUAAUCAUUGUUGGCUUUCUGUGAUGUUGCAAACAGACGAUAGAGGAAAUGGAAGAUUUAGCAUAAUUGACCUUAUGUGUUUUCAAAAUGGAUCCGUUUGCAACAUAGAGGGCAAUAACGAGUUCUACUUCCUCACAUCGCCCAUUGAUGUGGUCUCGACACACAUUCCAUCCAUGAUAGAAUUACAGCAUGUUUGUCCACCGGUAGAUCUCAACGUUGCAUUCCAUUUACCUCGCAUGUAUUCGAGCUUCAAGAAGCAUAAUCUCGAGCUUCUCAAUUUCAAUAACUCGUUGACUCGAAUGAAAGACUUGGAAAUAUUCGAGACAGACAUCAAGAUUCCUGAGUCAGUUGAGUUAUUCACACUUAUCAAAACCUCCAGAAAAACUUCUAAUGACUAUACUUUGUGCCAAAUUCACUGGAAGGGGGCACAAAGAUUAGCUAAAGUCAAGGCCAUUUUACCAGAAGGAGAAAGUAUUGGCGUGCUUCAGAUUUUUGCAGGCGAAAAGGGUCUUCAAACCCAUUUCGACAAUAUUCAUGAGUUGGCUUGUGUUAUCCCAUUAUACCACAGCGGGAAAAGCAAACCAACUGCGUUUGUUCCUCGAUACCCGACAAUCAGAAGUCAAAACAACGACCUUUACAUUAAGCGUCCUCAACUCGGUACGAUUAGUGUCAAUAACAAUUAUGUAUUCGAGAUUGAGGUACAUCCAUCCAUGGGCUUGAAUAGUGGAUCAGGGAUCAUGAACCAAGAUUUCAAGAUUGUCAUCGAAAGUCCAUCUGGAAAGUACACCAAGCUCAUGAAGGAGGAACCUCACAAACCUUAUGGUAUCCACCAGCUGAAGCUUCUUUGCCAGGAACAGGGAUUGUACAGGGGCUUGGUAAUCGGUGAUAGCGGAACGAGUUGGUAUGUGUUUGCGCAAUGGGAAUGUGGAGGGGCCUAA